UCGACAUGGUUCAAGUUCAGGUGAAGCACAGCGGCGGCGGCGAGGGCGAGGGCGAGGAGGUGGAAUUCCUCUACGACUGCCAAAGCACUUCCACCGUCGACGACAUCGCCAGUGACCUAUCACAAAUCUCCAAUCUUCAGACCAAGAUUCUGCGCAUCUUCCACCAGCUCCAACCUCGUCUCUCUCUCCAUCGCCGCGACUCCAAAGUUAUGACUUUGAUCAGAGCUUUAUCAGAAUCUAAUUCUUAUGCUUCCAAGGACCUGGUUCUACGUAAUAAACCCUUGUCUCUUUAUGUUCUGAGGGACCAUCUGAAAAGCAUAGAACGGGAAUUCAGUGCCAACUAUCGUACUUUGGGUUUUCCGGAUUCCAACUUGCAGCAGCUAUUAACAGAUUUGGAGCUGCUUCAGGAGGACACUGUCGAGCUACUUUGGGCAGGAAAAGAACUCCACAGGGGCAAACAACUUUGUGAUUAUAUUGGCAAAAAUGAGAAAACAAAGAUUCUGCUAAGGCUGCAGCCACCCAGCCCACAUCCUGCAUGUUAGUUUAGCUAAGAAAGAGCCACUCAGAUCUGAAGCUUUGUCCCUGUUUUGCGCAGUUUCCAUCAUGCCAUAAGAAUUCUGUUUUGACCCUAAUUAUUGGUUUCUCUUUGUUCUCAUUUGUUCUUUCUACUUCACGGAGCAAGAGUAUAGGAAAAGAUACUACCUCAACUGUCCAGCUCCACGAGAAGAUUAUUACUACUGUCUUGAGAAUACCUUUGUAAAAUGUAAUGAUACACUUGCAUAUAUGAAAAAUACCACUAGAAUGAUGUGACAGUAGCAUUUUUGCAAUUAUCAGCUACUUCACUGUAGUUCUCUUCCAAUUAAGCAUAUCAUUUUGUAUGGGAAUAUUAUGUAGAGUUUGUAUUUUUAUAUCAUUUACUCAAUAAGCUUUUUGC